AUGUUUGAUGAGAACGAAAAAGUAGAUGUUUUAGUAGAAAAUGAGCUACCACCAAAAGCACAACAAACAUCAGUUGAAAAUGAACUGAAACAAACUAAUAAACAAGCGAAAAGAAAAGGAGUAUUCAGAUUCGGACAGUUAAGUGAAUUUAAACUUCUAAAAGAAUAUAAACCAAAUAAAAGUCAAGUAAUGUGCAUGGUAUGCAACAUCCAAUUUAAUGUUCAUUAUGGUGGAAAAAACGAUGUUGUUCAAGAGUCAAAGACUAAACAACAUUCUAAAAAUAUGUUAACAUUCAGUAUUGAUCGUCAACGGAUUACCACAACAAUUAAAUCAACCUGUGAAAAAGAUGAGACAGCUGCUGCUGAGGCUACUAUAGUAUAUCACACUGUUUGGCAUGAAAUUUCAUAUUUAGCUUAA